UGGCAAACACGCGUGUGGUUUGCUUCUCCUUGCGGCUGGGCGGCGGCUCGGGUUCAGGUCCUGGUGGAAGGGAGCAACUAGCGGGGCUUUAGGACCCGGCUGCGCGUCUGCGGGCCCCCGCGGGUCCCGGGUCCCGGGAGCGGCGGGCGGAGAGGCUUGAAUGAGAGGCUGGCGGGGAACGGACUGAAACCGAUCGCGGUGGAAUAGCUCCGCCGUCGCCAGGCAACCGCCCUGACGCAACGCAAAAAAAAAAAAAAAAAAAAAAAAAAAAAAGUCCCUUAGAAAAAGAAUAGUGCUGAGAAUUCACGGGAGCAGAGAAAAAGGGAGGCAGAAGCCGGCUCAGCCCCCGAGGCCGGGGCCAGAGGCUUUGGCGGGCGCCGGAGCCCGCGUCCGGAGGAGGCGGGGAGCUCGGUGACACCCUUGGAGAGGGCCUUGGAGCGCCUCGGAAGGUAAGGAAAUCGGAGCUUUGAAUGAUACGUGGAGGUACAACUUUUAGCACCGGACACCGGAGACCGAGCUUCCCAGGGGAGUGUGGGGCCUCCAACCAGCCGGCAGCUCCUCAACGCCUGCCCUUGCCCAUGAGGAGGGAGCUCAGUCCUGCUUCCCCGCCAGUCUCUGAUCUGCCUGCACCUCAGCACUGAUAGAUCUUCUUGGCAAAUCUGCCCCCAAAGAUUCCUGCUGACGCUUGUCUGUUCCUGCCUUUUGUGAAACAUGGCACCCACAGGACUCCGGGAAGAAUCUUAAAUCCUGAGCCUCCACAGCAGCUCUGGAGAGGGCACUCGGUGUGGCUCAACCACGGUCCCUGUCAGCUCCGGGAGCUGCUCACCUCCCAGCAAUGCCCUCAGGAGUCCUGACCCCAGCUGGAUGAGACCCUUCCUGAGUGGGACCCAACCUUGCCACCCACUAAGAUUCCCACACCGCCCCCCACCACUUCCCGUGACUGGCCGCCCCAGCAGGCUCUAGAAUGUCUGUGCCUCAGAUCCAAGUAGAGGAAGUGGUAGGUGGGGAAGAAGAGACGGCAGGAGCAGCCCUGCCUCCCGACGACCACCUCCGGAGCCUGAAGGCCCUCACCGAGAAACUGAGGCUGGAGACCCGAAGGCCCUCCUACUUGGAAUGGCAGGCCCGGCUGGAAGAGCAGACAUGGCCCUUCCCGAGGCCAGCUGCUGAGCAGGGGGAGUGUGGGGAGGAGGAGCCCUCAUGCCCCAGGAGAGAGCCCAGGCAGCAUCCCCCACCUAACGGGAGCGCCAGCCAGGACGCUGGGCCCCAGCCCACCGGCAAGCUGGAAGGCUUUGAAAAUAUCGACGAAGCUAUAGCCUGGCUCAGGAAGGAACUGAUGGAGAUGCGGCUGCAGGACCAGCAGCUGGCCAGACAGCUUAUGCGCCUGCGCAGUGACAUCAACAAGCUGAAGAUCGAGCAGACCUGUGACCUGCACCGGAGGAUGCUCAACGAUGCCACCUACGAGCUAGAGGAACGGGACGAGCUGUCUGAUCUCUUCUGUGACUCCCCGCUUGCCUCCUCCUUCAGUCUCUCCACCCCACUCAAGCUCAUUGGCGUCACCAAGAUGAACAUCAACUCCCGGAGGUUCUCUCUGUGCUGAGAAGCCCUGGAAGGGUGUGGAGGAGCCAGAGCUGAGUGUUCGGGAGGCAGAGGGGGGGGAUCGUGGGAAGGGCGUUGAGGCUGAGUUACCCUGAGUGGGUCUCCCAGGGGCUUUCCUGCUGCUGGUGAACCGUGGGCCCUCAGACCCACGGCAGGUGCUUUCUCAGGGGCCCCGGCUGUGGAGCCCCGCAACCCCUUGACUAUCCAUGACCCAAAGUGUUCUGCAGAAGGGCUGCCCCAUACAGAUGUUCAAGGAGACAUGGCUUCCAGCAUGACACGUCUCCAUCCUCCCCUUGCUGACCCCCAUUCCUGUUUCCCGGAAUCACUGGUGCUAUGAUCUGGGAGCCCAAAGGGGGGCCCCCAAAUGCUGUGAUUCUUGCAGAAAGCUUCCCCAAGGGCACUGAGCAUCCAGGGAGGAGGUGAUCAGGUGUGCCAGAUGAGCCUGUCUCCUGUUGCUGUCCUCUAAGUACAGGCUCAAAUUCAUCCUAGACGGGUGACUCAGCAGCCCUGACAGGGAUCCACCAGGAGAGGAAAACCAGAAGGAAUGACAAAGUGGAGCUCGGGAACAUGGGCCCCACACCUGCCACCAGCACCUCUGCUGAGCGGCUGGUCGAGGCUGCCGUCAGUCUUAGACCUUGGCGCUACCAGUGCUGGGUCGGUCGAUCAUUUCCAGCACGUGCCAGGACACACCAGAACAACGUGAGUGGAGCAAACACAGAUGUCCUCUCUGUUGCCUCCCCUGGCCGCACACACCAAUCCCAAUCCCUUUGCCUCCACCCUGCACCUCCAGGGGAGUGCCUGAGUGAACUAGGCAAGUCUGUCUGUGGAUUUCCCAUCACCGACUUCUCCUGGUGGCGUCACCUUUGUCCCCUUCUUGCCCUCCCCAGAAAGCCUCAAGGGAGCUCACGAGCUCACCCUGAGCAUCCUCUGGCAUUCUGUGCCUGAUUUAAACCACUAAUUUUAAUUGAAUCAGACUGUUACUAAUCUGUUGCUAACUUGUUCACAACUGUUCGAUUUUUGUCCAAAUGGUGAUGCCAGUUGGGUCGGUCAAGUGCAGUAGUUCGAUUUGAAAAUGUUCUCCCUAAUAAAAAGCAUGAGGAUCAGCAAGGUGAGGACUGAGACGUCAACAGGGAGGAAAGUUAGCCUCAUAGAUUGCCACAUGGCGCAGGGUCUCCCACCAGCUGGGGGAGAGGGGUGGCUUUUGACAUCAUCUUCUUCAAGCCUUCUUGUUCAUAAAGGAGUACAAUGAAGCCCGGGAAAGAGGAUGACUUCCCUCAGAUUCCAUGGCUCCUUAGUGGCUGUAGACUAUCAACAGUUUAAAUCAUUAUUAAGAAUGCCUAGAUAGAUCAUAUAUCAAUGAACUUGAACCCCAAAGAUGGUCCUAAUGCUUUGCCAAGCCCACAAACUGCCAAGCCCUCUACUCUCCACCUCACGCAGCCCCCGCGUGCACCUCUCACUUUGCAAUUCAGAAUAUUUGGGUCCAAUUCAGAGCAAUGCCUGGAAAGUGGACCCACAGAACAUGUAUCACUGAUCACAUUUCCAUCGUCAAAGUAAGGUGUCCUGAUGUUUUUUCAUGUUUCAUCUUCCUAUGUAGUCUCACUGGGGUCCAUGCACACUUCACACACACACACACACACACACACACACACACACACACACACCUUGACCCACAUUGGGAAGGUUGUUUUUCUUUUGUGGCCUGGCAGGGGGAGGAGGUGAAUGAAUAAUGGUCCCUAGUUAUAAAAGAACCUGGUCUCUUUCUUGUGAUUUCGAAGAGCCAGAGGCUUUAAGCUUCCUUCGAAAAAGGUAUAGCAACAUAGCUGUGUUUUCUGCCUGACUCUGAGCAGUGAUUGAAGUCUGAGGCCCAGAGGACUGGUCCACCUGGGUGGAAUGCCAGACCCUUUAGAGCUGUUCCCCCUCAGGCAGGAAAGGAGGGGGAUUUUCUGGACCCCACCCUGUCUCUCCUCAGAGAUUAUGUACAAGCACUGCCAAGUCCCCCGGAGGCCUUCCUGCCAGGCUGCUCUGAGAUGCGUCCUUGAGAUGGCAGGGCAGCAGGCUGGCCUACACACGCCCCUUGCUCUGGAGGGGCACACAGGUACACACACCCACACAGGAAAGCCCAUUCCAUAUGCUGAAAGUAAUGCCAAACUGGGUUGUUUUUUUUUUUCUUUCUAGAAAUCAGUCAUUUACAAGAAUUGAAAAACUGGAUUCAACUGAAGCCGAUUUAGUUGAUUUUGUUGAUCCAGUUGAAUUGGAGUCAACUGGGCAAUUUAGUUGUUCAGCUCACCUAACAUCCCCUUCCUUUCUUUUUACCUGAGAGGAAACUGAGAUCAAGGCACACUUCUUGGAACAGGUUCAACGUCUCAGCUCUUUUGCUUAGUUAACCCUAAGAGAAUUUAAUUUGGGAAUGAGGACGGAGGAGAAAGGGAAGGGGACCAGAGAUGAGAGUGGAGGGGAUAGACGGAGUGCGUCUCCUUACUCAGUAUCCAGCUUCUGUUAGUUCCCUUAUUCCCACAGGGAACUCAAAUAACUCACCAAAUUAGUUCAGUGUUGUAAAGUCCCUACCUUGUGGGGGCCAAGCAAUGGUUGCGGGUCACCUGUGACCUGACCUGUGUUGCCAGCAUCCUGGGGCCACCUUCUGGCCUACCACAUGUACACAAUACUGUUUGCAGCUUAACUCAUCAUCUACCCAUCUCUGUGUCAUCCCCAAGGACCCUGGGUGUAAGCCACGAGGUCUCCACUGACAUCGCCACGCACGGCAGUGUGUGAUGCCUUCACGGACUCAGCAGAGAUCACAGAGGCCCGGAGAGCCUGGGGAGGCUUGAGAGGGCCUGGUCCAGCCCCGGGCCUCCUUUUUGUAGCAAUACCAAGUGCUAUUACAUAAUCGAUGGACAAUUUAUGAUCUUAUUUUUUAUGAUUCUUUGUUUCUAUAUUGCUGUUAGAAGAAGUGAAAUAAAAAUAUUUCAAAAGAAGAUACUGU